AUAUGUAUGUAUAUGUGUAUAGCAAGUAUGGAUAUAGCCUGUCAAGACACUUAUCCAUCAUAAACAUAAACAGGGCAGCAUUCCCUUUUCAAUAUCAUUAUUAAAGACAUUUUGUGACAUGGUAUUGGAUUGAAAUGGCACAGAUUGAGUGUGGGAUGCCACAAUAGGAGGAUGAAUGUUCACUUUAAAUGAACUCUUAUUCCCGCUUGAGCUCUCAUCUAGUCCCCCAUCUGCUGUCCGGUGAAGUGAGUUAUUUAGCCAUCGCAGGACCAUCAGAAAGAAAAAGAUGGUGCUCUGUUUUGUACCAGCCAUCUUCAUUGGGGUUAAAGGAUUUCAGCACUCGGUUCACAUCAAUUCUCCCACAAACAGGUUUCACAUCCAGCCAUGUUCCUCCCGGGAGCCGCGUUUCAUGAGACUCUCUAAGGUCAGGCGUUCUGAGUCCAGGACCCAUGCAACUCUGCGGUGUCUCUCUCAUUCUGGGAGACGGCAGCAAAUGCUAAAUUAGGACACAGAAAGCCUUCAUUCCAAUAAAGCCUCGGUCUCCUGAGUCAACGGACAAAAAGAUCAGGGUUUGCUGGAGGAGGUGGUAAAUUAUUCAUGGCUUUAUACGAUUUGCUGGGAGCAAUUCUCCCUCUCUCUGUUGCAUUCCUCUAGUCGUUCUCUCGCUCUUGCUUCUCUAGAAACUUUCCCUCCACCUGCCAGUCAAGACAUCCAGUUUCCUGUCAUAUGUUUGACAGGAUCUGAAUAUUGUAUCUGAAUGCUUGGGCCAAUCAGAAGACCAGAUACCAAGACAUCUGUCCAGCAUCAUAGACAUCGUCCCUUCAUUCUCACUCUGUCAGACGUGUGCUGUUGAGUCCUCAGCAAACAUACAGCAACAAAGAGGAUCCAUCUCUGUCAUACAGUACAUGUGUAGAACAAUGAUGGAGGGACAAAUACAAAGACAGGUACGCCCUCUGCUCGAGUGUGUGUCGGAGCAUGCCUGUGUGUUCAUGUGUGUUGGAAGCAGGUGGAUCACGGAUGCAUCUGCCAGCUCUCCAUCAAGCGUGUGUUUCGUGUGUCUGGAGCGCAUCAGCAUUCUGGAUAUAAUUCCGCCUCUGUGGAUACGGACACACAUUAGGACGGCCGCAUCUGACUGUCGUUAAACAUCUGGUUCAUCCGUCCUGGGAUUUUCCACUGAGGAGACAUUAAGACAGGGGAAUGUGGACGCUGGAGAGAACGUGUCUCCAUCUCCUCCAAGAUUCCCUGUGAACCAGCAGUUUCCAUCCUAAAGAGCAGAGAAGCGUUUACUGCCUGUAACCGGUAGGAUGGUAGCAGGGGAAGUGAGUGGGCACAGCUUCCUGGUGGCAUGCUGGCAGCCCAUUCUAAUCUUAAUGCUGGGCACAGUGCUGUCUGGCUCUGCCACGGGCUGCCCAUCUCGUUGUGAGUGCAAUGUUCAGGAGCGUUCAGUCUUGUGCCAUCGCAAGAAGCUGAUGUCCGUUCCGGAGGGAAUCCCAUUAGAAACACGACUCUUGGACCUCAGCAAGAAUCGAAUCAAAACCAUCAAUCCGGAUGAGUUCUCUGCCUUCCCACAGCUGGAAGAGCUGGAGCUCAAUGAAAACACCAUCUCAACCAUCGAGCCUGGGGCUUUUAACAACCUCUACAGUCUGCAGACUCUGGGACUGCGCAGCAACAAGCUGAAGCUCAUCCAGCUGGGAGUGUUCACAGGCCUCAGUAACCUAACAACGCUGGACAUCAGUGAAAAUAAGAUCGUAAUUCUGCUGGACUACAUGUUCCAGGACCUCUACAACCUGCGCUCUCUUGAGGUUGGGGAUAAUGACCUUGUCUUCAUAUCCCACAGGGCGUUUCACGGCCUCAGCAGCCUGGAGCAGCUAACACUAGAAAGGUGCAACUUGACCUCUGUCCCGACAGAGGCCUUCACGCACCUGCACAGCUUGGUCACGCUGCGCUUACGAAACCUCAACAUCAACAGUAUCAGAGACUACAGCUUCAAGCGGCUCUACCGUCUCAAAGUGCUGGAGAUCGCCAACUGGCCCUACCUGGAUACCAUGACCACUAACUGCUUAUACGGAUUGAAUCUUACCUCCCUAACGAUCACUAAUGCAAACUUGACAUCUAUUCCAUAUUUGGCCUUGAGGCACCUGGUUUAUCUUCGUUUCCUUAACAUGUCCUACAAUCCCAUUCAGAUGAUUGAGGGCAACCGGCUCCAUGACCUGCUCAGACUGCAGGAGUUGCAUCUGGUAGGCGGUCGACUGAUGAUGAUUGAACCCUAUUCCUUUAGAGGUCUGAACUACCUGAAAAUCCUCAAUGUGUCCAGCAACUCCCUUACCACCCUGGAGGAGUCUGUGUUCCAUUCGGUGGGGAACCUGGAGACCCUCGCACUGUACGACAACCCACUGGCUUGUGACUGCCGUCUGCUUUGGGUUUUCCGACGCCGCUGGAGGCUCAACUUUAACCGACAGCAGCCAACUUGCUCCUCACCCGAGUUUGUUCAGGGAAAAGAGUUCAAGGACUUUCCUGAUGUGCUGCAGCCUAAUUACUUCACGUGUCGCAAGUCCAGGAUCCGAGACCGGAAACCGCAGCAGAAGUUCGUUGAUGAAGGUACCACCGUCCACUUCAUCUGCCAAGCAGAUGGAGACCCGACACCUGUCAUCAUGUGGCUUUCUCCACAAAAACAAUUUAUCACUACAAGAACGAUAGGACGGCUCACUGUUUUCCCGGAUGGCACCUUGGAGGUGCGCUACGCUCAGAUUCAGGACAAUGGGACGUAUGUGUGCAUUGCUAGCAAUGCAGGUGGAAACGAUACCGCUUUGGCUCACCUACAUGUCCACAGUUACUCUCCAGACUGGCCCAACCAACCCAACAAAACCUUGGCGUUUAUCUCCAACCAACCCAAUGACAACGGAGCCAAUGGAACAAGAGCAACAGUCCCGUUCCCUUUUGAUAUAAAGACGCUAAUCAUUGCCACCACCAUGGGCUUCAUCUCCUUUUUGGGUGUGGUUCUGUUCUGCCUUGUUCUGCUCUUUCUUUGGAGCAGAGGCAAAGGCAACAGCAAACACAACAUUGAGAUAGAGUACGUCCCGCGCAAAUCGGAUGCUGGGAUGAGCAGCAGCGGCAAUGAUGGCCCUCGGAAAUUUAACAUGAAAAUGAUAUAAUCCAACCAGGGAGCUCAAAAGACCCUUUCAAAAAAAGACUCAAAGACAAAAAAAGAGAUUCCCUGCCUGUACAACCUCUGGCUCUGACUAGCUCCCCAUAGAGGAGGGGUGUUUUACCCCCUUUCUAAAGAUGGAUGUGCUGCACAGGGGUCGGUGCUUUUGUUCAAUAUUGAACAUGAGAGGGGGAAAAUGUCCUCGUGCGCACUCCUCUGUGAUGGCCGCUUAAACUCAGCCUACGGGGACCAAUAUCUUUGAGAGAGGAUUUUGUUUUAAAACACUUCCGUUCCUGUGGAUUUUUAUGGGCAAAAAAAAACAUGGAAAAAAAGGAAAAACUAAACCUCAAGAUGUUUUGCCGACCUCCAGAAUGCAAAGGCAGAGCAUCCUUCUACCGGCUUUUUGUUUGUUUGUCUGUUUAACCCAUUGUUUUCUUGUUUUCUACUUAAAUGAAUAGUUUUAUGACCGAAUAAUAGAUAAAUCAGGGGUGAAAAGCACAUUUAACAAACCUAACAGCUGAAUUUGCUCAAAUUCAUCUUCUGUGUUGUGUCUAACAACAGAAUGUGGAACAUAAUAGAUUGCAUUUCCUUUCCUGCCAUAGAGAAAUAUUUGUAUAGCGCAACUUUCACAAGCACAUUUCUUUCUUUGUAUCUGUACUCAGUUUGGUUCUCAUUUUGCUAGCGGAUCCUUAUUUUAAUGCAUUUGUUGGAUAAGCCGAGGGAAUUUUACGACUCGAGCAUCCGGAUAAACAAGUACAGGUUGUUUAAUGUUGGAUUAAUGGCUAGGCAAGUCAAAGCAGCAGUAAUUAUGUAACUUUUGUUGUGUGUUUUGCUUUAUUUUUAUGUAGAUCGCUGUAGCCUGAGGUGAGCAUUUCUGUAGUGCCUGGUCAGGUUUAAACCCAUUUAAUGGCACUGCAGGAUCACAUUUUUAUAUAACAAACCCAUUCCAAGUUUUAUUCUCCUGAGAAGCUACGUACACCAAGAAUGUACAGCUCUGUCUCAGAGUGUGUAUGUGCGAAAGCGAGCGAAUUCCUAACAGAAUCAAUCAUUUCAUCAAAAGGUGAGAGUGUUAAUAUGCUUGACAGCACUCGAUCACCUUCACCUGCUGCCGUCGCUGGGUCUCACACCUGUCUCAUGCUCUCAGAUAUGUCUCAUGGGUCUUACACCUGUCUUACGGCCUCGUGCCUGUCUAAUGGACUUAGUCUUAGACCUGUCUUAUGUUCUCAAAUCAAUCUUUCUUUACAUUAUAUGAAGCAUUGGUACCCAAAGACACAGCUUUAAAGUUAGCCAGUACAUCUAGGAACUGAAACGGUGCUGGUUUGUUACAAUGACAGAUAUAUAAAUGCAAGAGGGGAAUUCAUUUAGAAUGAGCACUCCUGGUUAAUGUUGUUCCGCAUCUGUUUCCACAGGCGGUAAAAGCACAACGUUAGACACUGUUUGUGAAUAAAGAAAUGGGAGUAAAUUGAAAGUAGGCAUGUUUAUGCCGAAAGGAGAGCACAGUUGCACGGUGCUAGAUAGAGACCGGUCAUAAAUUGACUGAUUAGUAAAUAUGAAGCAGGUUUUUGUGCUGAAAUGCAACAGUUCAAUGAAUUCGCUCCACAGUCCAGCUAUGUUUUAAGUGUGCUUCUAAUCUAGGCCAAGCAGGGCAGGUGAUUUCCUUGGAAGAACAAUGAGCUGUGUUUAUGCACAGGAUUUUUGCUCGGGUGUAGAUGGGUUUCGCCUUGCUAAGUGGUUUAUGCUGCUGACUGAGGCUGCAGAUGGAGAAGCUGCACAGAUGGUUUAACCCUUACUGAUCCACUUUAGAGUUAAUCUGACACAUGCACACCUGAAUCUUUCUCUGAUCCUCUGCCUCUGUGGUCUACCUGCUGUUCUCAUCCUAUUACGUCGAAUAAAUCUUUAUAUGACCUCUGCCCCCUCUGACAUUCAGCCCAGAAUGAUAAUGUGCAUUGAUGUGGUCCAUUAUAUUCUUUUAUACUAAAGAAAAAACGCAAACCUAAAAAGGUGAAAAAAUCUAAUAUGAAAAAUGUUUCAGUUGUUCUGUGCAAUAAAAGUAAUAUGCAUUUUG